AUGCGUUACUCACUCAUUGCCCUGGGUGCGGGCAACAUGGCCGUGGCCAUGUUCACCAACACCACCGACAGCCAGGCUGCCGACACCGCCGCGGUCAACGCCAUGCCAGCUACUGUCGGAGACUACGAGCUCGUUGGAUGCGCUACCUCUGCCACCAAGUUUGUCGACUUUGUCAAUGUUGCGACUACUGAGGACAUGGACGUCAACUUCUGCGGCGCCAGUUGCCAGACCAAGUUCAUGGCUGUCGAUGGCAAGAACUGCCUCUGCAGCGAUAAGUCCGAUGGCGAGAAGGUUGAUGACCAGAUGUGCAACAACCCCGGUGCUGCAGUUGCUGCCGCCGCCAACGAGCGCCGUGAUGCCAGCGUGCCCAUGAACUCUGCCCUCUCCUUGUACAUGCGAGCCAAGGCCGCCGACCCUGCUGGCGUUGUCACCAAGACCGUCACCAGCACCAAGGUUGCUACCAUCACUUCAUGUGCCCCUACUGUCACCGACUGCCCCAUUGGCAAGCCCACCCACCACGUCGUGACCAAGGUCACUGAGGUCUGCCCUCGCCCAACCGAGGUCAUUGAGUGGCACAAGAAGAAGAUUGUCUGCUACGGCGGUCACUGCGCCCCCGAGAUCCCCUGCGAGGGCCAGAAGCAGCGCGUCAUCUGUGACGGACCUCACUGCCACUCUGAAUGGUGCACCACUGAGGAAUGGAGCAAGCUCGUCAUCUGCAAGGGCGACGACUGCCACUGGUCCAAGUGCGAGGGUGACCACUGCUACAACAAGAAGGUCGUCUGCUACGACGGCAAGUGCUCUUGGGAGAAGUGCUACGGCGACGAGUGCCACAAGAAGUUUGUCUGCAAGGGCGACGAGUGCAAGCACGAGAAGUGCUGGGGCGAUGACUGCCACAAGAAGUUCAUCUGCGACCCCAAGGGCGAUAACUGCAAGCCUGCUCCUCCCCCAUGCCACGGAAAGGACUGCCCCAAGCCUCCUCCCCCAUGCAAAGGAAAGGACUGCCCUCCUCCUCCUUGCAAAGGCCCUCACUGCCCGCCUCCUCCUUGCAAGGGACCUAACUGCCCUCCUCCUCCCCCAUGCCACGGCGAGAACUGCAAGUUUGUCCCUUGCGAGGGUAAGGACUGCUACAAGCCUAUCCGCCCUACCGGUAGUGUCUACCCCAAGCCCAUUCCCACCAACCCUCCCAUCGUCGCUGGCGCUGGCAACAUGGUUGCCAAUGUCAUUGGUGCUGCCGCUGGUCUCCUCUUCGUCCUGUAA